AUGUACUACGGGCCGAGCCGCAAGCGCUCGUUCGACGACGGGGACCGCGAGGGCGGCUACAAGCGCUCGCGCGUGGACGACCGCUACGGCGGAGGAGGCGCGCGCCGCUACGACCGCCGCGGCGGCGGAGACCGCGACCGGGACCGCGACCGCGAGCGCUUCAGCGAGAGCGACCGCGCGCGGGCCUGGCGGCUGGCCAAGAAGGCGGUGAUCGAGCUGGGCGACGGCGUGGAGCGCGAGCAGCUCACGCGCACGAGCGAGCUGCUGCUGCGCGAGCUGGAGCCCGACGCGCAGGACGUGAAGCUGGGCCACCUGGCCACGCUCGUGCUACGCGGCGCGGCGCGGCUCGCGCACAAGACGGCGCUGUACGCGACGCUCGUGGGGCUCGUGAACGCGCGCAAGCCCGCGUUCGGGCGCGAGGUCGUGGCGGGCGCCACCCGGUCCCUGCAGCGCGACGUGGACUUCUUCAGCCUCGAGCGCCUGGACGACGGCGACACGCCCGACACGGACGUGUUCCGCCGCGACGGAGACGUGCAGGCCGUGGCCACGCGCGUGCGCCUCACGGUGCGCCUGCUGGCCGAGCUGUGCUCCGCGCGCGUGUGCAAGGCCGAGGAUGUGCUGGCCAUGCUGGACUCGCUGCAGGGCCUGUGCACGCCCGACGACUGGGACGGAGACGACGAGACCCACGCGUCGCUGAGGGCGCGCGAGGACGCCGCGGCCUGGAAGGACUUCUUCGCGUCCGUCGUGCUGGACGCGCUGCUGCACAGCGGCAAGGAGCUGGCCAGAGCCUCGGAGAACAUGUUCGACAGCCUGCUCAGCCGCUGCAGAGAGUACGUCUCGCACCGCGAGGAGGAGAGCAACCCGCGCGGGUCGGACGCUGGCGCGUCGUCGUGGCGUACACGCCGCCUGCAGCUGGAUCUGCUAUGGGGUCCUGAGAGCGACGACGAGCUGCCGGCGCUCUGCGCGUCGAGCGACGCGCUGUCACAGAUGUGGGAGGCGCUGAAUGCUAUCCGUAGUGCAGAGGGAGAAGACAAGGCCGCUGCGUGGAAGCUCCCCGGCAUCAACCACCCGCAGGAUAUCUUCGCGCCGGACUUUGAGCAGUCCGAGACCCAUACGCUGGCUGUCUCGCUCUCGAUCGACCUGACCAAGCUGGAUGCGAACAAGAUUCCGGCGUACACAACGUGGUUUCGCAUCCUGUCGGACGAAUCGGGUGCUGCAGGAGCUGCUAUUGCGACGUUGCCCCCGGCUUCGUACCUCAUCACCCGCAGCCACUUCGUCGACGUGCUGGAGACCUCUCACCCGAAGCCUGCUAUCGCGGCCAAGCUGCUGCUGAGUCUGUGCCGCGCGUACAACGCCCGGUUUGCCUCUUCUCAGGCUGAGGGAGCUACUCCCGCGAAGACUGAGUACCUGCUGGUGGAGACGCUGCUGGUGGCCGCGCUGAGCGAGAGCGCGAACGCCAAGCUGGCCUACUACUGCUCGGUGCUGUAUCACAUGGUGAAGACCGACGCGCAAAUCGUGUCCCCAGCUUUGGCUGUCGUGGUGGAGCUGCUGUUCCGUGAGGUGCCUACCAUGCGCGCGGCUGCCGUGGAUUCGUUCGUGCAGCUCUUGAGCCACUUCCUAUCGAAUUUCGAGUUCAAGUGGCGUUGGGCGGCGUGGUCGUACGUCCUGGAAGCUAGCGAGGACGACCCGCAGCGCCUCUUUGUCAGCGCUGUCAUCGAGCGUUGUGUGCGUCUCUCGUACCUGCAGCACAUGCAGAGUGCAUUGCCUGCCGAGUUCCACGUUCUUCUGCCUCCGGCGCCCAAGCCUCGCAUCCGUUUCCAGGCAGCGAAGGAGGAAGAUGCGGCUAGUGCAGCGGCUGAAGAGUCCAGUCCUGCGUCGGAGUUCUACCAGUCCGUGACGACUAAGCUGAAGGGCCACCCACCCGCAUCCGCUCUGCGCUCGUGGCUGAACGAAGAGCUUCCCCGUCUCGAGAUUUCGCGCGCAGAAGCCAUCGAAGUUGUGUGGACUUGCAUCCUGGAGGCUGGCGCGGCCACGUUCACGCACAUGCGUCUGCUGCUCGAGAAGUACGGCAAGCGCAACGAACUCUUCGGCGCCGAGGACCAGCCGAUCGAGGAAGCGGAUGCCGACGAGCUGGUGCUGGUCAAGACUGUGGCUAACGUCUGGCUCAAGUCGCCGCAGCACAUUGGGCUCAUCCUGAACGCCAUGCUGCGCCAGGGUCUCUUCCGACCAUCCACGAUCAUUACAUGGGUGUUCACCGCUGAUGCCGUGCAGCAGUACAGUUGGCCGUACGUGUGGGAGAUCCUGAAUGACACGCUGAAGUUCGUACAAGAUGCCAUCCUCGCCAAGACGCGGCAGUUGGAGCAGGCUUCGGCACCAAGAGCUUCAGACGACCGGGACAACGAGGACAUGCCGGACGUGGCAGCACUCGAGGACGGCCGCAAGCGUCUCCAGGAUGAGCUGCGGCAACUGCUCGUGCUGCUGUUCCGUGGCUUCAACCGGGUAAUCGGCGAGCACAAGGCUGAGUGCGAUUCCGAGGGCUCCGAUCCGCGCGACAACUGGUUCCGCAGUGCACUGGCUCAGAUGCAGGCUGUCGGCCAUCGGUUCCGUGUGCCGCUUGAAGACGCUCUGGACGAGCUCCAGCUCGAGGUUUUCAGCGUGAGCGCCUCGGCUGAUGUGGACGCCACCAAGGUCUUCCAGCUCGUGCGCGACUCGUACCGCAGCGCGUAA